AUGUACGGUAAGGCCAAUGGUAAUAGUCGCGAAGCUCAAAGAUUGUACCAAGAAGCAUUCCCGGGUACACCCCCAUGUGAAUGGACGUUUACCAGUUUACAUCAAAUACUGUGUAAAACUGGCACUUUUAGUGUAAACAAAGGUGAUUGCGGGAGAAAUCAGUGGAAAUCGGUGCUGGAAGUUGGUGCCGCUAAUUCUGGGACAAGUACUAGAAGAAUUGCUACGCAAGAUGACGUUCCAAACAACACAUAG